AAAAAAAAAAAAGAAAAAAAAGAAAAAAAAUCGUUUAAAAUUAAAAGCAUCUUCUAAUAAUCCAAUCAGAUAUUAACCAAAGAUACACAAGUGCUGGUAGACAUAACAAUAAUGUUAAUAACAAUUAUGCUCCACAUAAAUAAUAUAAUAUAAAAUAUUUUUUUAUAAAGUUAUUUUUACACUUUACUUAAAAAAAAAAAAGAAAAAAAAAAAAAAAAGAAAAAAAAAGAAAAAAAAAGAACACUCAUGAAAUGCUAAAUAAAGAAAUAUUUUUUUCUAAUUUUUUAUAGAUCCAAUAUUUUGUCAUAAGACAUGUUUUGUCAUGUAUCGUAUAAGUAUUUCAUAUCCUUAUAUCUAUAUAUCAUAAAAUGUGUCAAUGAAUAUUAAAUGUAAAUAAGUCCAUAGACAUGAGACAUUUACGUACAAUGUAAAUGGAGCUCACGAUCAACAAUGCUCUUUAUUAUUUCAUUCGAAGUUUACAUGUCAAUGUAAUGUGAUAUUAUUAUAUUACGAUUGAUUACAAUCUUUCGAAGAAGACGCGGCAAUGAAAAGUUGUAGUUACGCAACGACAGGUGGCGAUAACUUCUCGUGAGAAUACCUGAUAUCUUCAAGUUUAUCAAGUGCCAGCUGCAAUCUAGAAAUUUGGUAUCCUUUGUUCUUGGGAUACUUGGUGAUCUGUAAUAAUUGUUUCCGAAGUGCCUAUUAAUGUUAUAUUUAUUAUUAUUUAAUAUUAAAAUAAUAUAAUGUUUUUAUUUGGAAACGAUUAAUAUUUAAUAUAAUUUAUGUUGAUUAAUUAUUAUUAUUGGAAAUUUAAUUAAAAUGUGUUGACCUAGAAAAUAUUUUAGAUUUCAUUUAUUCAAAUAUGUCGAAUAUUUAAUGAAGAGGACUAAUGCUUCAGCCAUCAAUGGAUCCUGUUUGUGUUAUUGGCGAUGUAUCUGCUAACUUAUGUCAAUCGUCAUGCAUAUCUCUUAUAAGGAUAUAAAAAAACAUUAUUUUCUAUGAUUGAUUAUGCAUUUUUGUUAUUACUAUUGUCAUUUGAAUAUUAUGGAUAUUUCGUGACAGUGCCAUCAAUUACGAAUGAUCAAAGGAGUAUCUAACAAUAAUAAAAACUUACGAAAUGGAUAGUUCUGAAUAUGAGAUGGUCAGAAAUAUGACUCUCUUAUUCUUUUUUGAACGUUUAAUGGACAAAGGUGGACCACGGACAUUACACGAUUUAAGUUGUCAAUUUGGAGCUAAAGGAUUCACUAAAGAAAUGCGUCAAAUAGCAGGUGGAUCCCAGAGUGGCCUUAAGAAAUUUUUAUCUCAACAUCCAUCACUUUUUAUUAUAAACGGUGAUUACGUUUCCAUUAAUACUUUUCAAUCUGUACACGAAGAAGACAGUGGAUUUAAAUUAAGUGGAACACGUGAUUAUGCACGAGAAGCAGUAGAAUAUUUUUCUAAUAAAUUGAUGCAAUACGGAGUAGGAACCGAGGUACCAAUAACUAGCCUACUUGGACAUCGAUCGCAGGCCUCUCCAGAAGUAAGACACAUUUCUGGUCAACGCUAUAAAGAAUUUAGAGAUUUUCUCUUGAAGUAUCCUGGUGCCUUUGUAGUUACGGACGAUAAUGUAAUGUUGAAACAAUACGAAGGAAUGAAAGUAAAAUUAUUCGUAGAAUUGGAACCCGAUACGCCUAUCGAUCCCGAAGUUACUGUAAAAUUAUUACAAUUUUUUGCCCAAUGCAUAGAAGAGAAGGGUCCAAUUUUUAUAGAUAUAUUGUUUAAUAUGGUUAAUGAGAAAUUUUGUCAUGGACAAAAUUGGACGUCUAUAUUUAAAACGGUUCGAGAUUUGUCUACAUUUAUAAAAAUGUUUCCCGACACCUUCCAUGUUCAAAGUAAUCUCGUAACAUUGAUAGAACGGGGAAAAUCUUCUACGUUAGAAACAGACACGAAAACGAAACCUAUGCAAUUGACUCGAAAUCGUGGUAAUGCCGUAAAUCGAAUAAAUGCAGUACAACAAACGACAAGUUUAUCAAAUAAUACACAGACAUCCUCUCAGGCAGUAAACUCAGAAAGCGUUGUAUGUAACAACUCACCAAUUGAAAAUAAUACAUCGCAAACUGCAACUCCUACACCUGUUGAAACUAAUAAUAACUGUCCUUUAGUAAGUUUACAGCAGCAAACGCUUAAACAAAGAAUAAAUACGCUUGUAAUGAAGACGUUAGCAGAUAAUACCGAUAAAGAUCGCAGUUUACAGAGUAUUCAAAAGGGUGACGCGUGGAAAUUAAAAGUAUUACAACAGACAAGGGUAAUUGUAAACCCAAAAGAAAGUUUACAGAUUAUAGAAGAUAUAAUAAAUCCUCGCAAACCUCGAGCAGAUAAUAAUGUUAUUUCGUUUGAUUGCGAAGGAAUAAAUUUGGGUGUUAAAGGACAAUUAACUCUAAUACAAAUUGGGACUAUGAGUGGUCAAGCUUAUGUCUUCGAUUUAUUUACAUGUCCUACCCUCGUACAGGCUGGCGGACUUCAAAAACUUUUAGAAACUGAUAAAGUUAUCAAGGUGAUUCACGAUUGUAAAAAUGAUAGCGUUAAUUUAUAUAAACAAUUUAACAUAACGCUAAAUAAUGUCUUUGACACGCAGACUGCACAUGCCGUAAUUCAAUUUCAAGAAACAGGGAAACCUGUGUACAAAGUAAAAAAUGUCAAUUUAAAUAUUUUAUGCGAUCAUUAUGGGGCACCAUGUAAUCCCUUGAAGGAACAAUUAAAAAAUAUUUAUCGUAAAGACCAAAGAUACUGGUCUCGUCGGCCUAUGACUAGAGAUAUGUUGAUUUAUGCUAGUAGCGAUGUUCUCAGUCUUGUACCACGGGUAUAUCUUUCUAUGACAAGAUUGAUCAAGCCGGAGUUUCAAAGCCUAUUUACAGAAUUAUGCGAAGAACAAAUUCUGAUGCAUAUAAAACCGGCAGAAGUGAAGGCUCGUAAAAAGCAAAGAAAAGUCGAAACGGAAGUUGCAGAUUUAAAGAAAAGAAUGGAAGAGGCAACGUGUAAAAACAUUGUAUUAAGUAAUCGGGAAAUUCGUCUUCUUCGUUAUUUAGAUCUUACGGAGGAAGAGAAAGAGAAAUUAAAGGGUAAUUAUAAGGUUGCUAAGAAAUUGGAAAAAUUGGAGAAUAUGGGUCAAGAUAAAGGUGAUAGCAGCGACGAGGACGACGAAGAUAAAAUGGAAGAUACGGAAUAUCAUAGCAUGGACAGUUACACCUCGGAGAAUUCGCAUUCUGGUGGAAUAUUAUCACCAAGAAAUUCCGAGACUCCGAGUUUAACAGAAUCCAUGCAAAUGGUCGAUGAAAUCCUAUCGGAUGCUCGAAUGGAUAGGUUGGAAAAAAUAGAGAAAUUAGAAGCAAUACUUUCUGCUGUGACUACGUCUUCGAACGAUCAAUUAUCGCCGCCAAAUAGUACAGAGAUUUCCCCAAGACAAUGUGUGUGUAAAUGUCUAAACGAUAAAGUUGAUAGCCCAACGAAAGAAACUAAGAUAUUGGUUAAUGCUGCCUGCCAAACACUUAGUACAGGUGAUAUCGCAAUAACGAGAGUAUUUGUCACGGAGGAAGAAAAGGAACGAGUAAGAUUACAGAAUUCGCCAAAAAAAUAGAUAUUUAAGCUGUUUUUAAAUACCAGCAAAGAUGUUGCCAUUAAUAGGUUCUUUUAUAAAUAUGUAAUGAAAACUGAGCAAUGAAAAAUUGAUCUAUUUUGCGAAUUUCAUAAUAUUAAAUGACGAUGAACGAGUCUCGGUCUCGUUGUAAAUACAUCGUUAGGCAUUUUUCCAAAUCUGAAAUAUUAUCGAUAUCAGAUUUUUCAUGGAAAAAUGUCUUUUUAUCAUAUCAUCGACAUGUGAUGAUCGAUCUACUUAAAAAGAUUACCUUUCUUUACAACUGUAUAAGAAAGAAACAUAAUCAAACAAAGUAGCCGAUUUAAUCAUCACUUAUCAUAGAAAUGAUGUUGCGAUUUUAAUACGACAGGUUAAUUAAUCGCUUAUAUUGUAUAAAUCCGACCGUAUGGUAUUUAUCAAUAACUCUACUAACAUGUCAUAUAUUGCUCCUUUUAUGGGAAAUAUUUUACUGACAUGAGCGCGCACAGGAUAAAUCGUAGGCUGAAGGAAAGUAUUACUGAACGAAUUAUUCUUGAAUAUAUGAAUAUCCGUUUCUUUUUUUUUUUUUUUGUUUCUUUUUUCUUUUUUCUUCUCCUUUUUUACUGUGCCUUCAGUUUCCUGUGUACACAAAUAACAGUUAUAUUGAUUGUUUUAACAUUUAAUAUAUAAUAUUUCCAAAAAAAAAAACAAAAAAAAAAUUAACUUAUACGAAAUUAUAUGUAAUUUCAAAAGUAUAUACGCAAAAUAAGAGAUAAAAACGAUAAUUGUAUCUUUUAUCGUUUUCCUUUUUUUUAUUUUUUUUUUUUUGUUUAUCUCUCUCUCUCUCUCUCUCUCCUUCUAGUUAAAAAUUUAAUUCAGCUUGACGAGAUUCGCACUAGUCCAUUUCUUUAUAAACUCUUCUUCAUUUUUUUUUCUUUUUUUCUUUUGCUUUUCAAUAAUUAUUAAAACGUAUAUCGUUUGACUUUGUCCUAUUUUUCUCAGCCGUUUAAAGUGCCAAGAGAAUAAAGAAUGUGUUAAAUUAAACGAGCAUGAAUAAAA